AUGAGUGAAAGUUCUCAUGUGUCGACAUCUGAAAGGAUUGAAAUUGUAAAAUGGUAUGCUAUGUACCAGAAUUCAGGUGAAAUUGCUCGUCAAUUUCAACAAUGUUAUGAUCAAACUCCUCCAACACCAAAGAAUAUUUUGAAUCGCGUACGAAAAUUUGAUGAAACCGGAAGUGUCGAAGAUGAACCCAGGUCUGACAGACCUAGAUCUGUCAGUACCGAUGAAAACAAACAACGUGUUCGUGCAGCUUAUGAAGAAAGUCCUGGAACAUCAUUAAGAAGCGCUUCAUUGGAUUUAAAUUUGUCUAAAAUCAGUCUUCAACGAAUGAUGAAGGAGUUGGGAUUGAAGCCUUAUCGUCCUCAAUUACUGCAUGCUCUAAGCGAGGAUGAUCCCGACAGACGCAGCGAAUGUGCUGAUAUCUUUCUGAAAUUGGUCGCUGAAGACUCUUCGUUUCCUGAUCGAAUUGUGUGA